GGAUCCCAGGGAACAAGAACAGGGCCGACGGCCUGAGCCACGUCAACUGGGACAGCAUGGAUCAGGGGUCGAUCGAAGACACCCCGCCAGUUGACGGGUUUCUGGAUCAAGAAGAGGAUGUGCGACUCCAUAUAAACAAGUGGGCGUUGCGAGUACCCAAUUGUGUUAGCUAUCCCAUAUGGAUAGCACCAAGAGGAUAUGAGCGGAAGGCCGACUUAGUCCUUAAGCCCUUUCAGGAAGAAGAUCCGUGGGGAGGCAAGGACACGCAGUGGAUGAUGAAGUUGGCACUGGCAGGAACACAUGGCUUGGUGGAAGAGGUGAGGACAAUAGAGGAAGGGCCUACUCAGGUAGAGGAACAUGAGCAGCUAAUGGGAGGGAUGUAUCUGCUCACUAAUAUGCUCCUGCAAGGAGACUUCGACCGGAAAGGCUCUUUUUGUCAUGAGGAGGAUGAACUCCUGAUUCCGGAAAGCCAGGAUGACGAGGUCGAAGAAGGGGAGAUUAAGGAGGCAUUCCGGGAAGAGGAAUACGACGGGAUCUAUCUUGAGUUGGGCCUACUUCUAUCCUGUGAGAUGAGGGACAGGGAUGCUAGCGAUAAGGCGCAGAAGUUGAGGCACCUCUACGUGGUGAGAGAUGGGCAUUUGUUCAUAAAGCGGCAAGUUGGGAAUCCCAAGCGGAUUGUGUGCGGGAGGAACCGACAGUUGGACAUCAUAGCGGCAUUACAUGAUGGUAUAGCAGGUGGGCACGGAGGUGUGAGUGCCACAUGCGCAAAGAUAAGCGAGCUCUACCAUUGGGAUGGAAUGUUGACGAUGGUCAUCAAGUACUGCCAAUCCUGUGUACCUUGUCAGGAAAGGUCGACGCAAAGGCCGGGAGAGCCCCUGCACCCAAGGUUGGAAAGGGAAGUGGGUGUGGUUGUACACCUGGACCUGUUGUUUAUGCCAAUGGGGGAAAAUGGGUGCAACUACAUCUUCGAUGCAUGCGACAAUCUCACCGGGUUUGUAGACGGGCGGGCUAUCCGGACGAAGACUGGCCCAGUUUUGGCAAACUGCAUCGAGGAGUAUUACCUGCGCUAUCGUUUUGUCAAGGAGUUCGUGAUGGACCGGGGGUCGGAGUUUACCUGUAAUGAGAGACCUCUCGGGGCAUCCGGAGGGGAGGAGCAGCACGGGCCCUUCAGGAGAGAGCUUACACCCGUGUUUGAUGACGACAAUAUCGAGUUUUUCUUGGACGCCUACCGAGAGCAUGCAACCCGGAGAGGAUGGGACGUGUCUGAGAGGGUGCGUCACUUGAGGGGAGUUGGGAGGUUCGAGGGGCCCAUUGCCCAGAUCAUAGAGGAGGCCCUGACAUGGUCGGAGGUUGAGACAAGGAUGCAGAGACUGAGAGUCUCACCUUUGGGGAGUGAUGGGCUGCCUAUUCGCUUGGAAGAAGGGAACGUGGAGGAAUUCAUCCCGGCAUACGAACGGUAUAUGAGCGAUCAGGGGGCUCCGAGGGAUGAGUGGGUACAGGCACUGCUCCUUUGGACCAGAGAGGUGGAGCGCCCGCUGGUAAGACAGAUCCGGAGGCGGGCACAAGAUUGGGAGGACUGUCGGGCUCAGUUGAGGGUGGCGUUUCGGCGACCGGAACCAGAGAGGCCAGAACCGAGGAUUGAUAGAAGGCAGCGAAGCAAGAGGCUAAGAGAUUUGGAGGCAAGGGAGCCAGUGACGUCAAGAGGUGGCCGGAAGGCCCUGGCACAACGGGAAGGAGGACAAGCAGGGUCGGCUAGGGCAAGCGAGUCCUUCCUUACUUGUGGCCUCAGGCAGGUGGAGUUCCACCAAGUUACAGAGGAUGACCUACUGGGGCCCUCGCCACAGGCAUCAGAGCAGAGGGAGAGCGAGGUACCAGCAGCGCCUUUCAGGAGUUUGGAGGCCCACUUGGACGCGUCCCAAUGGGAGGCCCCUUCAACAGGAGAGAGUCCUACGGACCCAUUAGGAAGGGAGCAGACUCGCCUAGAGCCUGAGGCGGAGCCACUCAGAUUGAAGGGGGUAGGUGCUGAAGAUGUCAUUGUGGUGGAAGGUGACACUCCCCCUGAUUCCCCAGCUCGAGCUCAGACACGGCGGUCCUGGCCAGAGGGCGUCGUGGAGCCUGACAGCCAGGAGGCCCCAGUACCACCACCAGAGGCCACUAUGUUACCCAGGGAGGAGGUUGAGGCGAGAGGGUCAGUGGAGGGGUGGAGGACGGAGCCCCGCCUGGUUGUGGACUCACGCUUAGCCUCGCACGCAGCCGAGCACCCUGACAUUGAGGAGCCCAGCCUGGUAGGGCCAUCAUCGGGGCCAGCGGGUACUGAGUUAGGGGAGGGUUUGCAGGCUGCGACUGGGGAGGUCGCGGAGGCAGGCACAGGAAAGGAGCCAGACAAAGCCGCCCGGGCAAAGCGUGCUAGGGUACGAGCUCGCCUUGAGGAGAUACAUGAGCGUAGGGACAGGAUGGAGGCUGCAGGGAUAGCGCCAAGGCCACCAGUCGCCCCAAACACAAGUGAAGAGAGGAUUGACGAGUUAUGGGCCAGAUAUGAGGGACGGAGAGAGGCAGCUCGCCAGAGGGCACGAGAGGCGGGCCAGGCGAUUGAGGGUGCGGACGAGGCGAUAGAGGUCGGGGAGCUGGGUUUUGCCGCCACUAGAAGGGCUAUCGAGUGGGUGGACAAGGAGAUAAAGCAGACAUUCAUCGAGGCCUUUCAAAGCAGGGCCAGACAAGCUCGCUUGGAGGCGAAGGAGGCUGAGUGGAAGGCAAAGCUCAAGGAAAUGGCGGCCGCAGUGGAAAGGCUUACCGCCACCAAAGUGAUUGAUUGGACUGAGCAGAGCAGGUACAGCAUCCAAGGCAAGCAGGUGCGAGGGCUGUUUGGCCAAGAGGAGGCAGCAGAGGCAUCUCGACAGGAAAAGUUGGGGAAGGUAUUUCUGGACCCAGCUGAGGCAGAGGUAAGGAAGGAAGCCAACAAGGAAAGCUUUGAGUUCAAGGCUCCCACUGAGCUGGCUUCACAGCAGGAGGCCGCUACUUCGGCAGAUGCUCCUAAGGAGGUGCUGACCCAAGAACCCCAACCUGCAUCAGUAGGAGAGGGGGAGGCAGAGGAGUCACUGGCAAUCCUUCUGGACGUACAGGAGGGGGCACUCACUAGAGCGGUGGGGUCUCCACAGCCGGAGGCACAAGGGGAGGAGCCAUCACGCUUGGACGAGUUGGUUGCUGCCAUGGAAGUGGAUAUGCCGCCAGAGAGGCCUCAGGGGCUGGAGGCCCCAGAGCACGAGCCAAAGUUGGAAGAGUUGAGGGUACAGCUGGGCUCGUGGGCCACUGGGACCGAUUCGGGAGGACCGACUACUGAGCAGCGGCAGCAGGAGGCCACGAGCCAGCCUACUAGAGUCACUACUCCCUAGGCUCUGGGGCCCAGAGAGGGGGAGGAGGAAGCCAUAUUGGAGGUAACCCAUGAGGGCCGGCCACUGAGAUUG